ACACCAACAACAAAGAAAAAAAAAUCAAACUAAAUGGCUUUGUCAAAGUUUCAACUAGUAGCUCUUCUAAUCACAUAUACUCUCCUAUUUUCUUGCCAAUCAAAAAUAGUGAAAAGAAUGCAAGUUGGACCUAGCGAGUGUGUUUACAGAGGUCGGUGCCGAGAUAGCUACGAAUGUAGGAGUCGAUGUGGACCGCCUGAGUUCUCACAUGAAACUCUUGGUUUAUGCAUGUUCGAUUAUGAUGAUUACGAAUAUUUUUGUUGUUGUACCACAAAUUACUAA